AUGUCCUUUCGGUACACGAAUAACCUUGUGGGGGCACUGAAGCACAGAAUGAUGCUUGAGAGUUCCCAUCGUGAGUUGGUGCGGCGUCGAUUCACGGGUCACUGCCGUGGUGUGGAAGUGGUGUGCAGCGGCUACGGCACAGUGCUUGCGGUGCGUCUCGUUGAUAAGGUGGCAUGGGAGCCGUUUUACCGCAAAGGCCUAUCAUCCUCAACUGCGGAGGGUAACAGUACAUCCAAUGAUAAUGCUGUCAGCCCCCCUGUCGGAGGUGCAACUGUGGCGCCUGUGGAUUUUGAAAAACUUGCCGAGAGCAUCAAGGCGGCGUUGUGGGUCGCGACGCGGAAGAUACGCUCCGCAAAGGAGGAGGCGCUUCAGCGGAGCCUUUCCCACAAUAAACAGAUGCGUGCAGGGGCCGAUCUAGCGCAUUGGUAUGAAGAGGAUGCGAACACACUUCGACCGUUGGCGUUCGAGGCGCUACAACAUGAGACAGCAACGCCGUGGAUGCAGUUUGUUCAGUUUGGGAAACACGAACAUGCAGCGGCAUUGCUUCAACAUGAGUCGGGCGAGCAGGCCGGUGAAUGUUGCACCGGAGACACGAAGAGGGAUAGUCUGGAAAAUGCAGAAGGGCAUUGUGUUACAGCACUGGAUGCGAAAGAUGUUGACCCCACAUCUAUACCAAUUGGAUCUGUGCAUCCACUGUUUCUUCCUGCACUCAUUCAGAUUGAAAGCCGUACAUCUAGUUCUCUAAACGAUGAGGCUAUCCGUCAGGAGCAGUGGCGGGAGAUGUCUCGCGAUGAGCAACUCUUCUGGGAACGCGUGGAGUUGAUUCGAAAAGGGCAAGUGGCUGUGAUCAAAGGCGGUCACAAGCGCGACUACGCAGAUGAGGCGGCUGUCGCCAGCGAUAGUGCGGUGGAUAAGGUACAACUACGGUUUACGCAGUGA